AUUUUCAGAUUAAUGCUUAUGAUCCCAUCCCACAUCCAAAAAAUGAAAUGAAAUUGGCCCAAAAUACGUAAAAUUCGAAGUAUAAAACCCAAAAAAUGAAAUAUAGAUAUAUAUACAUUUUGUAUACAAGCAUCCCCACCAACCCUACUGCGCUGUGAUCCCAUAUAGCUAAUAAAAGCAUUUCAUGAAACUGUUCUCUUAGUUGCGACGGCAAGCCAAAAGCAUUAGCGGCAAAAUAAGCUUUUGUUCAGAAAAGGGUUUUUUUUACAGAGUGCUCUAAGUUUCAUCAAUGGCGUCCAGAUUGGUUUGGGCUUCGAGAGCUGCUUCUUAUCUCAGGAUCUCUAUUCCCUAUAGAGGGUUUGCUUCUGUUGUGAAGGACUUGAAAUAUGCUACCUCUCAUGAAUGGGUGAAAGUAGAAGGGGACAAAGCAACUGUUGGCAUAACUGAUCAUGCCCAAGAUCAUUUAGGUGAUGUUGUCUAUGUUGAAUUACCAGAAGUUGGAACCUCUGUUAAACAGGAUGGCAGCUUCGGUGCAGUAGAGAGCGUUAAAGCUACCAGUGAUAUUAACUCUCCUGUAUCAGGGAAAAUUAUUGAGGUCAAUGAAGAGCUCAGCAGUUCCCCUGGUCUGGUGAACUCAAGUCCAUAUGAAAAUGGAUGGAUAAUUAAGGUGGAGGUUAGUGACAGUGGUGAACUGAAAAACUUGAUGGACUCUGAGCAGUACUCCAAGUUCUGUGAAGAAGAAGAUUCAAAGCACUGAGAGUUCAUAGAGAUGUUUGAUGAAUUCAGCAGCUGGGAGAGAGAACUCUGCUUCAGAUCAGUUUCUUUCUCUGGGUUGGCCAGAGAGUGCACAUUUCUUCCUUUUCUUUUUCUUCUGUUUUCUGGAUUUUCUUUCCUUUGUAAGACUCACGAAAUUGGUGGAAAUUUUCCCACCCAGAUAAAUAAUUUAAUCUCUUUGAGUCUGGCAAUCUGCAACUAGUGGUGUAAUAAUGGAAAAUUUUGAAAAUUAUAAUGGUACAAUUUUUUUUCAUCUCCA